UGCUCAUGCUAUCAGGGUCAGUUGCCUGCAAAUGCAGCCAGGGCACAUUGUCUACUCAUGCUUUUAGGGUGAAGCACCAGUUCUACCAUGCAGCUCAUAAAGUGAGCCUAUUGUUUGUUCAUUACUUCCCCUAGGCGGCCGAGAAGGACGUACAUCAAACCCUCACGGGGGUCAUCUUGUGUUGCUCUGAAUUUGUGAUCUUUCUGACGUCACCAAUAUUUGGAUAUCUGCUGUCACGAUUCAGUCCACGAUCCUUCUACAUUGCGGGACUCUGGAUAUUCGGCUGCUGUCAUACAUUGUUCGGACUGACGAACCGGAUAGCUGGAGGUGCUGUAUUUGUCGGUUCAUGCCUUGCCAUCAGAGUAAUGGAAGCCCUUGCAACUGCAUCCAUACUGACCUCGAGUUUUGUUAUCGUUGGACAAACCUUUCCAGAUACCAUCGUGACUGUGUUUGGAAUACUUGAGACGACGUUAAGCCUCGGCUUCAUGGCAGGACCGGCAAUUGGAGGAGGGCUGUAUCAGCUUGGCGGAUACGGUCUCCCCUUCUGGGCGCUGGGAGUCUGCACAUGUAUCUGUGGAUGUGCUUCAUGCGCUCUAUUCUCUCACCAGCCAGAUAUUCAAACGGUCCAAAGUUCCUCGAAGACAAUAUGGCCGCUUCUCCGAUCGCUCGAAGUUUGGCUUGCUCUCCAGGGUAUCGUUGUGUCUCUGUUUGCCAUCACCGUAAUAGAGCCUGCAUUUGCCAAGCAUCUUCAGCAGGCAAGUUCCGGACACGAUAGUUUAAUGAAUGAGUUCGGUGACUCCCCUUUCCACUAA